AUGUUUCCUCGAAAAAUUGGUAUUGUCCGCAACUAUUCGCGGGCUCUACGAUUGGUCAGGAAGGGCGAGGAUAAAAGGGCGUCUGUCAUUAACUAUGAUGAUAUGAGCGUCCUGAAAAAUUAUUUGAAUGGGCUCGAUCUAACGUUACUUCAACCGCAAGAAACCGAACUUAUUCCGAAGUUCAAGCAUACAGGCCGUAAUCUGAUAUCCGUUAUGAAGUCGUCGUUAGGUCCAUACGAGUCAACAGAAGUUAAGCCUGUGGAGCCAGGUGCGCACAAGGCCAUCACAAAUGAUCUCAAGCGUUUGAGAAAUCUCUUGCAUUCUCCAAAAGACAGAGAGCUAUACGAGUUCUUGAAAAGAUUAUCGACCACGGGCCGUUUCACGCUCUUGGUUAGAGAGUUGUCUCCCCUUGAAGUGUCCCUAAUUGUGAGACGCCUGGCAGCCCUCAUGGACCGAGUUAUCAAAUGGUAUAUCUUGGAACUGCAGUAUAUUUCGAGAAUCAGUCAGGACGCCGAUCUCGAUCGAGUCUUGAAAACGAAAACGGAACUGUACUCUUCCAUUUCGAGAAUAUUCCGCAAAAUUCAGGAAAGCUGCGAACUGGCCACCAUAGAUUACGAAAACAUGGUUAAUUUCCACGCGCACAAUUUACGAUAUCGUACGGCUAUUAAGCUUAUCUCUGAGAUUGAAGGGAAAAUAUUAAAGGGUGCAGAAAAUCUAAAGCUUACAAAAUCCCUGUGGAUCAAUAAGCUCAAGAUACUUGGGCGUGCAGAUGAGAAAGCCUGGCGCAUCAACCGGUACCAUUAUAAAGAGGCAGAAAUGGAACCGCUCCCUGAAAACUACGUUUAUCCGCACCAUGGUAGCAGCGUGCAGCAAUUGCUACAAGAGCUCAACAAUUCUGGACUCCAACUAGACACUGACCUGUAUGAAACGAUCAUUCUUAGUCUUGCAGGCGCGGGCGAACUAGACUACCUUCAGUCUUUGAUAGACCAGGUAUGGGGAAUUGGCGGUGAGGCCAACGGCAGCGUCGAGCGCGGUUCUGCAUGUUUUCCAACUUUUAGUCUGCUAGAAAAGAUUAUUGUUGCAUUCACCUACAAUGGACAGUUCACGAGAGGAUUGCUUAUUUGCAUGACCCUGAUUGAAAAAUACCAGCUGGAUCUGAGGUAUUCCCAUAAAUACUGGACGGGAGUUCUUCGUGCUUCUGGAGUGACAACUAACAACAUAUACAGAGACAUCCAGACCAAGCUAUGGGAAAGGGGAGUUGACGAAGAAAUGUAUAAAGGAGAGUUUGAGCUCCAGCAUGAGAUAUUUGACCUGUUGUGGAGGAGCGCGAUGAGUGUGCUGGAGACUCCGUCGAAGGAUAUGAUUAAAGUUCGCUUACGAUAUGCCAGCUUGGAAUCGCUAGUGAAAGAUGUUCCCCAAAUUCACGAACUCGCCGUCAAUGAAUACAAAAAUGCCUCUGCUAGUGAGGCCGCAUACCGUGAAAGUUUAUUGCUUCGAUACCUCAAUAUCUGUCGUGUGAAGUUUGUUCAACAGAGGAACUUUUACGAGGCAGAGAUGCUCAUCAAGAAAUUCUCCAUGAACCAGAGGAUGGAGAACGCUCUCCUUUUCAGGCUUAAGCGGUCUCAGCAGAGAUACCUUCGCGAGACGACGGUGAAAAAGGCAGAACAACGCAUUAUGGAAGAUGAGGACGAGGAUGGGUUUGGUAUUUGGUAA